CCUCUAUGCCUCUUCAGGGGAGCAAGAUGUACAAGCGGAGUUUGGGAUCUGGGUCCGUGUUUGUGACUACAGACCUUUUGAUGAUUCGAGAAUGUCCCUCUAAUUCUCCUAACAGUACCUAGAGUUCUUUCUAGUGGGUAUGUUGGGCCUUCUUCUAACUCUUUAGAGUGAACACCGUUAGCACUAACUGCGGAGUCUGCAUUUGCCGAGGCCUGCAUCUGAAAAUGUGACUGUCCGGUGUCCUCCAUUUCUCCCCAGGCCUCCAGGCUUCACAGCCCCGUUUUUCCCGCCCAGAGAGGGGCCCGCGCGCUGGGGGCAAAGUGCUCGGCCCACCCGGUGUAUGUUCGGAGCAUCACCCACCUCAAGCCCUCUUCUCUCCUCCGAAGGCCUCCCCUCCCGGAACGCUGAAAUUGCACUUUCUCGGCCUCGCGGAAUUCGGACUUCCGCCAUCCUCACCCCACUUCAUGUGGCUCUUGGAGAAAGCCGGCUACAGGCUGGGGGCCCCGGAGUCCGGGCCCCGAUGGGCGCCGUCCAACCUGCUCCCCAAGCGCCGAGCCCGGGGCCCUCCCGUGCGCGCCUGUCCUAACGUCCUCACCCCCGACCGCAUUCCGCAGUUCUGCAUCCCGCCCCGGCUCCCAGACCCCGGCGGCGCCCAGCCCCCGGCUGGGCGCGGCCUCCCCGCGGCCUGUUCGCUGCCGCACCUGGCGGGCCGCGAAGGCUGGGCCUUCCUGCCUGAGAGCCCGCACACACGCCGGCGCGAGUCCCUGUUCCACCCGCCGCCCCCCGCCGCCGCCAGGGGGCUGUCCCCGGCGCACGCCCGGCUGCACGUAUCCGCCCCGGACCUGCGCCUCUGCCGGGCCCCCGACAGCGACACGGCCUCGUCGCCCGAGUCGUCGCCCUUGGGCUCGCCGCGGCCAGACCCCGGCCGGCCCCGGCCGCGCUCGGCGGCCCGGGAGGAGGCGAGCUCCGCCCGCACCAGCCCGUACGCGCCGCGCCGCGCGGGGCCGCCGCUCUUCCACCCGGACUUCCCGUGCUGCCGGCUGCGGCCCACCAAGGAGAGCGUGCUGCGCCUCGCGCCCGGAGGGGGGCAGCUGCGGCUCUCCGCCGAGUACCUGGCCGGGCCCGGGCGGCUGCGCCUGCGCCUGGUGAGCGCCGAGGGCCUGCCGCGGUCGCGGGCCGGGCCCGGGAGCGGCGGCGGCGGCUGUUGCGUGGUGCUGAGGCUGUGGCCGCGCGUCCGGCCGCGGGGCCAACGGAGCCGCGUGGUCAAGUGCAGCGCCAACCCCAUCUUCAACGAGGACUUCUUCUUCGACGGGCUGGGGCCGCCAGACCUGGUGGCCCGCAGUCUGAGGGCCAAGGUGCUAGACCGGGGCUCGGGCUUCCGCCGAGAUAUCCUGCUGGGAGAGUGUGAGACGCCUCUUAUGGCCCUGCUGCCCCCCUUGGGUGGGGAGCUGGGUCCAGGGGCCUCCCUGGCGCCUGGCCAUCUCAGCCCAUAGGCUGAGAACCUGUCUUUUCCUCAGGAGGCCUCCACUCGAUCUGCAGUAUUCGUUCUUUUCAGGCUGCCUGGCCGGUAUUUAUUUUUGCUAAUAAAGUGCCUGCUUCUAGCAGGGUUUCUCCCCUGUUGGCACCCUAUACUCUCAGAUCUGCAGCCUACUCUCUUCCCUCUGCCAUGGCUGUACCAGGGAUGGAAGAAGCGCAUUCACACUGAGUUGGAGCAGAUCUCAAGUGGUGGUUCUCAAACUUGAAUAAGCAUUAGAAUAAUCAGACAUCAGCAAUGCUGAAUGAGUGUGUUAAAUAUGCAGACUCCUGGGCUCCAUCCCCAAGAGACCCUGAAGCUAGUUUAAUAGGUCUGGGCUGCGUAGGUCCUAAGAUCCUGUCCAAAAAGGCCUCCACCCCUCCUGGGGGCCCUCCAAUCACUGAGUCACUCCAGAAAAAAGC